AUGGCUGCCCAGCUUGCAGCGCCGCCAGCGGCUGUCGCCGGCAGCGCCGCAACGCUGCCGCCGCUGGUCGCGGAGCUUGAGCAGACGCCCACCUCCUUCCUGGAGCCGGCUGCCUUCUUUGUGUCCGGGUUUACAGAGUCAUUAGUUGACCUCAAGCAGCGCAUCACGGCGGCUCACCCCUCGCUGCCACCUGAGAAUCCAGGCAGCAAGUGGCCCAAGACCUCGCUAGGUUGCCUACGGGAUGGCAAGCGCCUGACGCCGGACCAGCUGGCCGUGCUGUGCCAGAUCUGCAAAGAGGAAAGCGCCGGCUUUGAGCAGCAGCAAGGGGUCGGCGGCGCCGAGGGCCUGAAGCUGUCGGUGGACUCCGCCUCUGUGGCGCUGUUUGAAUGCCGCUCGCUGGAGCGCCUGCUCAGCUGCCAGCACGUGGUGUUCCAAGGCGGAGUGGACGCGGUGCAGCCCUCUGCCCAGGAGCGGGCGCGGGUGACAGGCAUCUUGGCUGAGCCCGAAGCACCAAACUAUUGGUUUGAGGCCAGCCGGGACGGCAACCGCGAGGCGCACUACCGGGGGCGGCACCUGGGGGCCACGCUGAUGCACCCGCUGGAGCUGUGGGCGCACGGCGAGGCGGAUGAGGCGGCGGCGCACGCAGCACGGCCAGGGCUGCGGGUGCGUGGCGUGCGGGAGCUGGAAGACCGACGGGCGCUGCUGGCGGCGGUGGAGCACUUCCGGCGGCGGGUGGAUGUCGCGCUGCCCGAAAUGUACGCCUGGUUCAGCAACGCCUCGCUGCACAUCACGCUGCGAGCCCUCAUCAACUGA